AUGUUUUCCUUUUGGUUUGGGUCAAAAGGAAUGACCACAAUUCCAACGUGGUCUUACUCUUCCUACCGGUUCCAUAUCUCCAAUGCAGUAAUUGAUUACUGAAAGAGGGUACAAGUUAGAACAGAUUCACACACAAGAGAUGGGUUCUGAGUCUGAUGAGUGCUGUAGGGGUGAUGGCGUGAUCUUGGGCGUCGAUGGGGGCACUACGUCCACUGUAUGUGUCUGUUUGCCGCUAUUCCCCUUCUCCGACCACCGCCGAUUGCCCGAUCCUCUUCCCGUACUAGGCCGCGCCGCUGCCGGUUGCUCCAACUACAACAGCGUCGGAGAAAAUGCAGCCAGAGUAACACUAGAACAAGUUAUAGCUGAAGCUCUUUCUAGAGCAGGCAAGGAUCAUUCAGCAGUUCUUGCUGUUUGCUUAGGGGUUUCUGGUGUGAAUCAUCCGUCCGAUCAGGAGAGGAUAUUGAACUGGAUGCGGGGUAUAUUCUCACAUCAUGUAAAGAUAUAUGUCCAGAAUGAUGCUGUAGCUGCUCUUGCAAGUGGGACAAUGGGGAAGCUUCAUGGUUGUGUUCUGAUUGCGGGUACCGGGUGCAUUGCUUAUGGAUUUACUGAAGAUGGAAGAGAAGCUCGUGCUGCUGGUGCGGGGCCAGUAUUAGGUGACUGGGGCAGUGGUUAUGGAAUUGCUUCUCGGGCACUGACGGCGGUGGUGAAGGCUCAUGAUGGGCGUGGUCCAAAGACGACACUUACAAAUUGUAUUCUGGAAUCACUUGGUCUUCCCUCUCCAGAUGAAAUCAUAGGGUGGACCUAUGCAGAUUCAUCUUGGGCCAGAAUUGCAGCACUAGUUCCUAUAGUGGUAUCUUGUGCAGAAGCUGGCGAUGAAGUUGCAGAAGAGAUCUUGAACAAUGCAGUCCAUGAAUUGGCUCUAAGUGUUAAAGCUGUUGUUAAACGACUACAUUUGGCUGGGAAAGAUGGAACUGAUUAUUUCCAGGUUGUCAUGGUUGGUGGAGUCCUUGAAGCUAACAAGACAUGGGAUAUAGGGAAUAAAGUUAUUGACUCGGUUUUGAAGGCCUAUCCAGGGGCUUGUCCUAUAAGACCAAAGGUAGAAUCCUCUAGUUUCCUCAAUCCUAAGCUGCUUUUGCUGAUGACCAGUGGAACCUGCUAUUGGAGCUGCUUUGUUUGCCUGGGACUCCAUGAUGAAAGAAACAGAAGCAAAUGGCCAUAGAUAACAUCGAAUGUAAAUAUGUCAAAUGCACGGCCACCCAAAUGGUCUCACUCAGUGAUUAUUUAAACUUGCUGGUGUUGCUGUACAUUAUACUACCUUGCUCAAACACCUAUGCCUUGUUAUCGGUUGUUGUAGUCCAUAUACGUAUUUCCGUAGGAAGAGAAGAAAAGAGCACGCAGGUAAAAGAGUUGCAAUGUCCUUUUCUGUUCCAAUCUGUUUUUUCUUCUUUUGGAAUGUCACUCCAGCUAGACUCAUUUACAUGUUGGAGAAGGGGGAAUGAAACCUACUAACUAGUGCGGAGAGAUGCAGUUUUUUGAAAUGCCAUUAUGCUCCAGAGUAUUUGUCCUAAGGCUGAUUGUAACUAAAUUAUGAAUGUAUGUACAAUGUGAUGGAAAGUAAGAGAGAAUUAUCCACGCAUUUUCUUGUUUCA